ACCAAGAAAAUAAAUAAAUAAAAUUCAAGAGUGAAAAAUGCAAAUAAUCACACCAAAUCAAAGAGACAACACAAUGAAAACAGUAUCAAAGAGUGAUGAUCAUGAUCAAAUGAUGAUGAUAAGUAAUAUAAGAGACAAAAAAGUGAGAGAAUUAGUGUUAGAAAAGAGAAGAUUAGUGGAGGUGCCUUACACAGCCACCUUGGGUGAUACAAUGAACACUUUGGUUACCCACCGUGUGGUGGCGGUGCCGGUGGCGGCUCCGCCAGGACACUGGAUAGGGGCAGGUGGGUCCAUGAUUAUGGAGACUGAUAAGAAAAGUGGUGCAGUAAGAAAACAUUACAUAGGAAUGGUAACUAUGUUGGAUAUAUUGGCUCAUAUUGCUGGUGAUAGUAAUGAAGUUGUUAAUGGAGGAAAUGGUGAUGAAUAUUCAAGUGAUAUUGAUAAAAAGCUAUCUGUUUCUGUUUCUACUAUUAUUGGUCAUUGCCUUGAAGGUUUGAGUUUGUGGACUUUACAUCCUAAUACUAGUCUCAUAGAUUGCAUGGAAGUGUUCAGCAAGGGAAUCCACCGAGCAUUGGUACCAUUAGACAGCCAAAUGGAGAACAUCUCAGGUGUCGAACUCGUAGAAUCAUCAUCAAGCUAUCGAAUGUUAACCCAAAUGGACGUCCUUAAGUUCAUUAAAGCUCACGGGCAUCAAGAGUUACGCGACCUUAUGGUGAGCACUGUAAGGAGUGCAGGAGCAGUGACAGAUACUGUACUAGCUGUGACUCACAGGACACGAGCUAUAGACGCGAUCAAGUGCUUGCGAAACGCUUCUCUUCAAGCUGUCCCCAUUGUUGAAGCUUCUGAUAUUCCACCGGAAGGCAACAACCAACUAAUUAAUGGAUAUGGAAGGAGACUGGUGGGAACAUUUUCAGCAACAGAUUUAAGAGGAUGCCCAGUUGAUUUGAUGCAAUCUUGGCUACCCUUAAAUGUGAGGGAUUUCAUGGCGAGAGUUUAUAAAAAUCCUUCCCAUGGAGCUCCAGAUUUGGUGAACUCUCCUAGGUUGCUUGUGACUUGUCAUGCUGAUUCCUCCCUACUGGAAGUGAUCGAUAAACUUAUUACAAGACAUGUUCAUCGGGUGUGGGUGGUCAAUGAUUAUGAAUAUGGUACACUCCUUGGGGUCAUCUCUCUUACAGACAUAAUCCGAGCUGUUAGAGCUGCUCUUAUUUCGGCUUCAUAGACAGCACAUAAGACAUGCAUCGGGUUCACAGGUUCACGACUAUGAAUAUGGUACGAUGUUUGCCGACUCUUUUGUAAACUAUUUUCAUCAAGCUGGGUUUGAGUGUAGUAGUUCGAUCUAGAUCAUAUUGAUUUUGGUUUGUGCUUUGUCGUAUAUUGUUUGAGUUUUCUCUUUUAUUAAGUAAUGUUCAAGUCGAGUUAGGUGACCUAUUUGGAAAUCAAAAGAUGCAUCAGUUAAUGGUUGGUCUCGAAUCUACCCCCUAGCCACCUAUCUACUCGUGCUCAUAGCUUGUGGCUCGUGGACAAGAUAAUCCGCAAAUGAAUCACUUCGUGCCGACCUCUUGUCAAUAAUCUUAAGGGCUCAUAUGGCAUGUUUCUAAUGUUUUUGUUGUUUGUAAUUUACUUGGUCAUAAUCAAGUGUUCAAGCAAUGUUUUUUAGCAACUAAUUGCAAGUGUUCUGUUAUGUUAACACCUGUUGUUAUUGCGUAAAGUAUAUCAUCUACUCCUAUAAACAGCAGUGAAAAAUUUGUGCAAUUUCAAGCCAAAUUUUAAGAACAUUAAAUUGUAUGGAUCGAAUUUAAAGGAAGAGAAAAU